UUGUUUGGGAAUCUUUUUGAAAGAGUUCGGAUGGUUUUCGAUAUUGGCGGUGUUCAAAUAUGUUGGAAGUGCAUUAUCAAUUAUUGGGAGGUGGGUUGUAAGUGACCCUGCGCUGAAAGUAGGGAAUGUUACGUGCUUAUUAAUAAACGUUAUGUUAACCCAUUCGGACUAUCUUAGGAGUAGGUGUUGACCGUUGGAAAAAUUGAACUUUAAUAAUUCCAUUAGUGUUAUAAAUAUGAGUCGCAAUACAAUGGAGCUGCUCAUUGUUGCGUUGUAAUUUGAUUCGGGCGAAGGUCGAUCAGUGGAAUAGUGGACUUCAGAUUACUUAAUAGUGGACUCGAACGUCCUUGGACGAUAGAACCAUGAAGAUAUCAAAGUGUUUCUGCGUGUGCUUAGUAUUAACCUUAUUCGUAGUGAGCAUAAGUGCAGUUAAGAAGAAACGUGGAUUGUACCAUGGACUACCAGGGUUUGCAAUACCCUUGGGACACCGACCCUACCAUCCAAGUCCUUACGCAAAGUUCCCAGGUUUCUAUCGUGGAUUUGGAGGAGCUCUGCCUCCUGGUUACGCGCUUUUCCCCGGUAGUGCUACAGUAACCUCGUACCAACGAAAUUUCCCGAAAGUGCCAGCUGUUUUCACCCCGAAUUACAUCCCCACAUUUGGAGUUCCAGCUACCGGAGUUGUUCGACCUGUAACAAGUUUUGCUCCUGUUGCUCCAGUAGCUCCUGUCGCACCUCUUGCGCCAGUAUUUCCUCAAAUACCAGCUCAAGUCCCGAACCUCAUACCUCUGGACAAUACCCAGCAAACAUCGUUCUUUGCAACCUAUCCGCAGAAACCUAUCAUCCCUGUGGCGAUACCACUCCCAGAUAAACCCAAAACUCCGAUCAUCCUUCAAAAACCCCUUUACACCGCCUUCUCGAAUUUACUUCCGAAUGGAAUCAUCCCAAGUGGAGUUUUCAACCCAGCCGUUGCCAUCCCAAGUGCACCUCCAACCUUCGUCGGGGUUCCGAUUGCUGGACCAACGAUAUCAACGCCAACCGUAGCCACGACAACGGUGUCUCAAACGGGAGCUCCUCAACAACCCUGGCGGCCAAUUCUGGUGAACCACGUAACGCCCAGUCCCACAACAACGUCAGCUUUCAAACCCUCGAUAAAUCUUCUGCCUCCCUUCACACUUUCGUCCAAUGCCCAGCAGGGCCAGCAAAUCUACAUCAGCAGCACUCCGGCUACCUAUGUCCAGGAUAGUCAACAGCACCAUCAGCAGCAGCAGCAGCAGCAGACCCUGUUGGAUCUGGAAGGUAUCGAUUUUGGAUCUUCCCAGCACUAUCAAAAUCAGGAAGAAGGUAACGGAGCCUUCAACGGGCAGCCCUAUGAUGUGGCCUCGAACCAUGGUCGAUACAGUGGACCUUCCAGCUACGAUGUCGAUAUCACACACAACGGAUAUCAGAAGAAGUGAUUUUCUGCGAAGCGGAGGGAACAGAGCGUUGUUUGUGCCAGGUAGUGUUUUUAUUGAGUGAUUAUUAGACUACUUUAAGGUAAGUGUAUGAUAAAAUAUAGAUAUAA